CGGACAGCGAAGGAGGAGGCAGCACGGAGGAGGAGGAGGAUGAGGAAGGCCCCGGGCUGUUGGGGGAUGCCCCCACGCCACUCACAGAAUUCAGGAUCCUCAAAGAGGAGGCUGCCGCCAAGCUCUGCCUUGCCGAGAAAGGAUCGCCGGGUGGAAAGAGCCCCGAGUCCCCCCUUGUGUCGGUCGUGUCCCACCUGCUCUCCUUCCUGGAGCACUACGCCCAGCUGCAGCAGCUGCAGGGGAAGGCCGGGGAGUACCGCUCCCGCCUGCACAAGGAGGAGCGUCGGCGCCGCCAGCAGCUGCGGGGGCUGAAGAGGGCCUACCGGCAGCGAGUGCAGGACAAGCUCAGCCUCAUCGAAAGCUUGGAGGGCAUCAUCUCAGAGCAGCAGGGACUCCUGGAGCACAACCACCAAGGGAAGAAGCUGCCCUCCACCCGCCUGCUGUACCCCAUGGCCCCCGCAGGCGUGCACCAGCUGGUGGAGUCCAUCAGCGCCCUCCAAGGGGAGAGGAGCCGGCUGGCGGAGGAGGUGGCCAGCCUCAGGCUGCAGGCGGACGAGUGGGAGAAGGAGAAGCAGCGGCUGGCAGGGGGCUUUCGCCGUCAGAUCCAGGACCUGAAGCAGCAGAUUCAAGAGCGGGAAGAGGAACUGGAGCGUCUCCGCCUGGGCACGGGAGUGACAGACUCUGAGAAGCGGAUCCACAACCUGACGGUGGAGAACGAGGGCCUAAAGCAGAGCCUGGAGGUCACCCAGGGGCUCCUGCAGCAGCUAGUCACCGUGUCUGCUCAGCCCCCCGCCCUGAUGGCCAAGGAAAACGAAGACUUGCGUGCAAGAGUGCGGGAGCUGGAGGCCACUCUGCAGCAGAAGGUAGAGGAGCUGAUGGGCCUGGAGGUGCAGAUGGACAGGCUGCAGUGGCGCAAGGAGGAGGAGGUGCGCCACUUGGACGAGCGCCUGCGCGGACUCCGGCUCUCUCUGGAGGUGCACAAGAACCAGCCGCCCGAAGUGCAGUACAUCACCAAGACGGUGGAGGUGGAUUCCCCACGCACCCUGAAGGUUCUGGCGGAAGCCGAGGAUCGGAACAGGACCCUGAUGGCCCAGCUCUCCUGCCAGGUCGAGCGGUGCCAGAAGCUGACGGAGCAGCUGCAGAGCUCGGAUGAGGUGGCGGCUGGCCUGCGGCACAAGAUUUCUGCCUAUGAGUCUGAGAUCGCAGGGCUACGGCAGGACCUGCUGCGUGAAAUCCACCAGCUGGAAGCGCAGAAAGAAGAGGCCGUCCGCGAGGCCUCCCAGUGCUCUGAGCAGCACCUCCAGCACUUGCAGGAGCAGCUGGCAGGUAUGCGCCAGCGUCUGGACACACUCCAACCGCUUCUCCGAGGCAUGAAGUCUGACUACAACAGCCUGCGUGGACAGGUGCGCAGCUUUGCCGACUGCUACGAAGCUGCACUUGGUGAGGCCCGGCAACAGAUGUGUUCAGCCCUAGAAGAGGCCUCACAGGCCAACCAGUCACUGCAGGGGCGCUACCAGCGGGAGGCGCUGCUUCGCAAGAAAUGCCAGGACGAGCUGCUGGACCUGAAAGGAAACAUCCGGGUGCUGUGCCGCAUGAAGCCGCCGACUGGUACGGAGCAGCAGGAGGGGGAGGCGGGCGCCAGGGUGGAUGCCGACCCCACGGACGACGGCUGCGUGACGGCCUUCCACAAGGGCAAGGAGCGCUGCUUCAAGCUGGACAAGGUCUUCCUGCCCCAGGCCACGCAGGAAGAGGUCUUCCAGGAGAUCGAGCCGCUUGUCAUGUCCUGCCUGAACGGCUACAACGUCUGCAUCUUCGCCUACGGGCAGACUGGCUCCGGCAAGACCUACACCAUGGAGGGGGUCCCAGGCAACCCUGGGAUUAGCCAGCGAGCGCUGCAAGCCCUCUACCGGGAGAUGGAGGCCAAGGAAGGAGACUGGAAGUACACCGUCAGCCUCAGCAUGGUGGAGAUCUACAAUGAGGCAAUCAGAGACCUCCUGGCCAGAGACCCCCCGGAGAAACUGGAUGUCAAACUAAACCCCGAUGGGAGCGGCCAGCUGCACGUCCCGGGCCUGACCUGUGUGGAAGUGGGCAGCUUCCGUGAGAUCAAGAAGAUGCUCUCACUGGGGAAGCGCAACCGGAUGACCUCUUCCACCAACAUGAACGAGCGCAGUUCCCGCUCCCACGCUCUGCUCACCGUCACCUUCACCAGUGCCGAGCUGGCCACGGGCACCAAGAUCACAGGGAAGCUGCACCUGGUGGACCUGGCCGGCUCAGAGCGGGUGUGGAAGUCGGGGGCGCAGGGGGAGCGGCUGAAGGAGGCCCAGAGCAUCAACAAGUCCCUGCUGGCUUUGGGCGAGGUGAUCCAGGCGCUGCGGGCCAAGCAGGCGCACGUGCCCUUCCGCAACUCCAAGCUGACCUACCUGCUGCAGGACUCCCUGGGCAAGGGAAGCAAGACCGUCAUGCUGGUGCAGAUUUCCCCCUUGGAGAAGAACAUGGGGGAAUCCAUCUGCUCCCUGAAGUUCGCCCAGCGGGUGUGCAAAGUGGAGCUGGGCCCAGCCUCCCGCCGCGUUGACUCCUCCGCCUAGCGUGACGCCUGAGCCUGCAGAAUUCCUCCGGCCGGCCUCCUGGA